GAGACGGUUAAAGAGAAAGCCAACAAGAGCAGAGAAAGAUAAAGGAAAGAGACGGAGCGACAGACUGUUUGAAAAAGAGUGUCCAGAAUUCGUCACCUUUUCUUUCUCAAUUCCAUCACUAACCCUACCGGCGCUUGGAUGAACCAAAACCUAUCGAUCUAUCAGUGCUACACCUGGAUCGUCUGACCAGCGCAGAGUAGGCAUGUCCCGAAGGAAGCAGAGCAACCCACGACAAAUUAAACGUCCUCUAGAAGAUGGCCUGGAGGAGGACGAGGAGGAGUGUGUCUCGGAAGACAACGAGCUCAUGGCCAAGGAGGAGUUUUCUGUGGAGGAGAACUUCUCCGCCGAGUUUGAGUCCGAGAACAUGAGCUGCGAGGACAUGGAGUACUUCUGCAACAAAGGAGAGGAAGAUGGCAGUCGAGAAACAGGAGAGUCGGACAUGGACGGUCAUAACGAGAAGACCAGAAACCCUACGAUUGGACCAGAGGACUGGGAUGGACCAAGAGAGCUGGACGCAUUCCUGAAGGAUGGAGAGCGACGCAUCCACAGCCGGCAGCAGCUCCCUGUCGGAACCACGUGGGGACCGUUUGACGGGAAGAUCGAGAUGAGUCCUGAUGGCAUGAGGACGAAAGGCCCAGUCCCGGUGGUGCUGAGCGCCGGCCCCAGGUGGCUGCUGGAUGUGACUUGGCAAGGAGCGGAAGACAACAAGAACAACUGUGUGGUGUACAGCAAAGGUGGCCAGCUCUGGUGCACCACCACCAAGAACAUCAUGGAGGGGGAGGAGCUAGUGGCGUUUGCGGUGGACUUUGACUCUCGUCUGCAGGCGAUCAACCACAUGUCCCUGAGUGAGGGCAUGUACCCAGCCAGGCUGCUGGACUCCAUUCAGCUCCUCCCCCAGCAGGCCGCCAUGGCCUCCAUCCUGCCCACCGCCAUCGUCAACAAGGACAUCUUCCCCUGCAAGGCGUGUGGCAUCUGGUACCGGAGCGAGAGGAACCUGCAGGCCCACCUCAUGUACUACUGCAGCGGCAGGCAGAGGGAGCCGGAGACGCCCACGGAGGACAACGACAACAGCGCCCACCAGACCCCCCACCUCUGCCCCUUCCCACAGUGCAACAAGAGCUUCUCUGGAGCCCGGGCCCUGGAGAUGCACCUGAGCACACACAGCGGUGUCAAAAUGGAAGAGAGCCUCCCUCCUGGCACCAGCUUGAAAUGCACAAUCUGUAACUACACGGCGGAUUCUCUCAUAACAUUCCAGCACCACAUCCUGUCUCAUCUGUCACAGGCGGCCUUCAGAUGCAAUCACUGCCACAUCGGCUUCCAGAGCCACAGGGAGCUCCUGCAGCACCAGGACUCACACGGCCACGGAGGGAAGCUCCACAGGGAGGCGGACGGCACCGAGCUGUCCCCCCGGGGGGGUCUGGAGGACGGGCUGCAGCAGGUCCGGGCCGUGGGGGGGGUCGAGCUGGGCGCCAGGAAGGACCUCCUCCUGGGGAGUCCCAAGGUCACCCUGGGCAAGGAGGCGAGCGCCGGCGAGGGAGACGGGGAGAAAGGCGAGAAGAAGCCCCCCAUGCUGUCGGCCCAGAAGGGGGACCACCCGGGCAGCAAGGCCAGCUUCUCCUACACCCGGAUCAAGUCGGAGCCCUCCAGCCCCCGCCUGGCCUCCUCGCCCGUCCAGCAUAACAUGGGCCCCACGUUCCCCAUGGGCCCCUUCCUGUCCCAGUUUGCCUUCUCACAGGACAUCUCCGUGGUGCCCCAGGCCUCGGAGAUCCUGGCGAAGAUGUCGGAGCUGGUCCACCGGAGGCUACGCCACGGAGGCAGCAGCUACCCCCCGGUCAUCUACAGCCCGCUCAUGCCCAAAGGAGCCACCUGCUUCGAAUGCAAUAUCACUUUCAACAACCUGGACAACUACCUGGUCCACAAAAAGCACUACUGCAACAGCCGCUGGCAGCACAUGGCCAAGUCGCCGGACUUCUCCAGCCUGGCGGACAAGGUACCCGAGGCGGUGAGCCCCAACAGCGGGCACAGCUCCGUCAGCCUGCUGCCCGGCUGCCACCCCGCCGAAGCCGACAACCACCUGAUGCCGUCGGCCAGCCUCAACACCAGCGUACUGGACAUGAUCAACGCCGGGGCCAAGGGGCCCGACAAGGAGCUGGCGGGGCCGGGGAAGAAGGGGACCAGCCCUCCGGGGCCGGAGGAGAGGCUGAACGGGAAGCCGGGGGAGGUGAAGAGCCCCGGCGGGCCCACCCUGGUGGAGAACGACAACGACCCCAACAAGACGACGUGCGAGGCCUGCAACAUCACCUUCAGCCGCCACGAGACCUUCAUGGUGCACAAGCAGUACUACUGCGCCACGCGCCACGACCCCCCCAUGAAGCGCAUGUCGGCCAACAAGGUUCCCUCCAUGCAGAGGACCAUGAGGACGCGCAAGCGCAGGAAGAUGUACGAGAUGUGUCUCCCCGAGCAGGACCACCAGAGACCCCCCAUGGGCCAGCCCGGGUACCUGGGGGUCGGAGGGCCUCCCCUGGGGAACCCUUGCACCUCCCACGAGGCGGCGGAGAGCUUGGCGGAGCGCUUUCACCCCCGCUGUGACAUCUUCCCUGGCAUGGUGCCCAAACACCUGGAGGCCUCUCUCACCGUCACCAAGCCCAUUAUGGCCCCCAAAUGCAAUUCCACCAUGGACCAGCAGGAGAUGGACGCCCCCAUCGACCUCAGCAAAAAAUGCUCGCCUGUCCCCGACAAGACAUGUAGCUCUCCUAAAAGACUGUUGGACUAUCACGAAUGUACGGUGUGCAAGAUCAGUUUUAACAAGGUGGAGAAUUACCUCGCGCAUAAACAGAACUUUUGCCCCGGGACCGCGGCCGCCACGGCCCCUCACGGCGGCGAGCUCGGAGGCCCGGAGGCGUCCGCCAUGUUCCCGGAGGUGAAGAGCGAGGGCAACAGCCUGGACGACCUCUACGAGAAGAGUCCCGGGAAGGGGGAGAAGAACGGCGGCGGGAAGCUGCUGGGGCAGAACGGGGGGCUGUUCCCCCCACACCUGGGCCCCACCCCUGGACUCAAACCCUUCAGCGAGGCCCAGCUCCUCCAGGCUAAAGAUGACAACAAGAACCCCUUCCUGCCCCACUGCCUCUACCCUGGCGCCAUCAAGAAGGCGAAAGGCGCAGAGCAGAUCUCGCCGUACUUCGGCAUCAAGCCCACUGACUACGUGGGCGCCGGAGGGCUGGUGAUGCAGGCGGAGUCGAGCAGCGAGCAGGACCCGCCCACCACCAACGGCGGUGGAGGGGCGGAGCUGGGGAGAGACCCACCCCCGGCCACCGCCAAUGGCAUCCCCCACCCCGGCAAGGAGCCUCUUCCGCUGCUGCCCAAGAACCGGGGGAUGGUGAUCAUGAACGGGGGGCAUAAACCAGAGGAACGCUCAGGCACCGCCCCACCCCAGCAGGAGAACCAGAACCGGAGCCACACCCCCCAGCAGCCCGACGGCCAUCCCUCGCCGACGUGGGGCGCCGUGGAGAACCCCGGCGACUCCAACGAGAACGUGUCGCCUGCCUCCAAGUCCCCGACCGAGGAGGCGGUUCCCGCGGCAACCAAAGGGGUGAACGGCUCGCCCCCGGGGACAGGAAGUGGGAAGUACUGCCGCCUGUGCGACAUCCAGUUCAACAACCUGUCAAACUUUAUCACCCACAAGAAGUUUUACUGUUCGUCACAUGCCGCUGAGCACGUGAAAUGAAGGAUUUCUUUGCUUUCCUGUCCCUCCCUUUCUUCUCCUCCUCCCCCUUUCUUUCCUCACUGUUUGGGUACUCUGUUGUGUCUGGGGUUAGUGCAUCUCGCAGUUGUUGAUGCUGCUUGUGGACAAUCAAGAGAAGCUACAUCCUUCUUCGUUUCAGACUUUAAUGCAAAAUCAUUGGUAAAAAAGAAAACAGGAAAAAAAAUGAAUCAAGAGUAAUAUUGGUGCCACUUUCACACUUAUUUAUUUUACAAUCAGUAUUAAUAGAAGUAGUGAUCUUAAUUUAAAAUUCAAAAUGAAAUUUAUAUCAGAGUUGUUUGUAAUGUUAUUGUAUAGUCAUUCUUGUGUAGCACACAUUGUUUACACUGUAAUGUAGGCUCAAUGAAACAGUAGACAGAAGACUAAAUGAGAUGCAUUUUAGACACAAAAAUAGCUACUGAGGCACUUGUGUAUUCCUUUUUUGCUGUACCAGUUCUUGUAUAUGCCGCAAUGUCACCUGCAGCCUGUUCUCACGGCCCCACAAUCCUCCUCUGAGGUCCUGAGGACGUCUGGGCCUCUGCGUCUCACAUUAGGGCAUAC